AUGGACAUUGCCAAGAUGGAGGCCAAGGAAAUUAAUAAUGUCGAGGAAAAGUCCAUCGACACUGGCUUGAAUGAUGAAGCCCAAAAUUACAUCAACUAUUUCGUCGAGUCUGCCAAGGAGUCGGAAAAUGCCGAGAAGACAAUGCCCCUUUUGGAAGGUAUCAAAAGAUAUCCAAAAGCGACAUUCUGGUCUUUUGUCCUUUCCUUGUGUAUCGUUAUGGAAGGGUACGACACAAAUUUAUUGAACUCUUUCUAUGGGUUCGAAGCUUUCCAAAAGAAGUUUGGAACCUUCUAUCCAGAAAAAGACGGCGGUAUUUGGGAAAUUCCUGCUCAUUGGCAAACGACUUUGUCUAUGUGUGUCAAUGUUGGUGAAUUUGUCGGUUUGUUCAUAGCAGGUUUAGUAUCAGACAGAAUUGGUUACAGAUGGACAUUAAUCGGUUCUUUGAUGUUGGUUAUCGGGUUUAUCUUUAUCCUUUUCUUUUCAACUUCGUUAGGUAUGAUUGCAGCUGGUGAAAUUCUUUUAGGUUUACCCUGGGGUGCAUUCCAAACUCUUACUGUAACAUACGCAUCUGAAGUUUGUCCAUUAGUUCUUAGAGUCUAUUUGACCACCUGGGUCAACUUAUGUUGGGUUCUCGGUCAAUUGAUCUCAUCUUGUAUGUUGAAGGGUUUCAGUGGUAAUAAACAUCCUAUUGCCUACCAAAUCCCAUGGGCUGUCCAAUGGGUCUGGCCUCUUCCAAUUGCAAUCGGUAUCUAUCUUGCUCCUGAGUCUCCAUGGUGGUUAGUCAAAAAGGGCAAGUUUAAGGAAGCUAAACACUCUAUGGAAAGAUUGUUGACUCACACUGAAGGUAUGCCAGACAAUAGUCUCGUCGCUCAACAAAUGGUUAACAAGAUCGAAUUGACUUUAAAGCAAAGAGAAGCUGAAGAAAACUCAUCAUCUGCUUCUUACUUAGAUUGUUUUAAAAACGGUAACUGGAGAAGGACUAGAAUUGGUGCGUUGACUUGGUUGGCUCAAAACAUUUGUGGUUCUUCUUUGAUGGGUUACUCUACUUACUUCUUAAUCCAGGCUGGUAUGUCUGAUUCCAAUUCAUUUACUUUCACUAUCAUUCAAUACGUUUUCGGUCUUUGCGGUACUCUUGGUUCAUGGUUCCUUUCUAAGAGGGCAGGUAGAUUUACUAUUUACUUUUAUGGUUUGUGUGUCUUAGCGGUGAUUAUGAUUAUUGUUGGUAUAUUAGGUGUUGUUGUUGACGCUACCGGCAGUAACAAACCAUCUUGGGGUGUUGGCGCGAUGUUAUUAUUAUUUACCUUCACUUAUGAUUUAACUGUCGGGCCAUUAUGUUACUGUAUUGUCACCGAAAUCCCAACCUCCAGUUUGAGAACUAAGUCUGUGGUUAUCUCCAGGAAUGUCUAUAACGUUGCUGGAAUUAUUAUUGCUGUUAUCAUGCCUUACAUGUUGAACCCAACUGCCUGGAACUGGAAAGCCAAGACUGGUUUCUUCUGGGCUGGUUUCUGUAUUGCUUCUGCCGUCUGGUGUUGGUUCGACUUGCCAGAAACCAAGGGCAGAACAUUCGCAGAAUUAGAUGUCUUGUUUGCCCAAGGUGUUAAAUCCAGAAAGUUCAGGACUACACCUGUUGAGAUCUUCAAUACUGACGAAUUGAUUGGUAAGUUUGGUUCUGACGGUGUUAAGGCCAUUGCACAACAUGUUGAAGUCACUGACGAAGAAGAAAUGAUGCACCCUAUUGAUAAGGAAUAG